AAAGGGCACUGUAGGCUUGGGAAAGCAGUGCAGCAAUACCAGCAGAGCUGUUCUCACCAGAAAAGCGGCUUUUGUCUCCCGAAUUGCGUAUUUACCACUGGAUCUGCGCCAGGAGCUUCCACUAGUACAGUUACUUGAGUUGGGAGAGUUGCACCUCUUUGUGACCGCGAUUAAGGUUCUGGAUGUAGGAAAUAUGAAUGACUGGCAGAGGAAAAGCCCUCUAGACUGGGAGACGUAUGUGAACAAAAUGGUGAAAGUUGCUGCAAUUGAGAAACAUGAAUAUGAAGGCUGGGUCUUAACAGUUGAUCCAGUUUCUGCCAGUGUUGUCCUUGCAACAUUCCUGGAGAAUGGAAAAGUGUCCAUAUCAGUUGUCUUGGGCCAUGCUGUCCAGGAGGUCGAAAUACUGAAAGAAGGGGACGAUGAAAUGAAGCAACGGCUUUCUUGCAUAUUUGCACCUGAAGAAAGCAAAGCCUACAGCCCAGAGGAACUUGAAAAGAGGAAGAACAACUUGAAGACUUGGCUAGAAACAAACCACAUCCCUGUAACAGAGCAAGGUGAAUUGGGAAGAACGCUAUGCGUGGCGGGGGUAUUAACUAUUGACCCACCAUACGGCCCAGAAGAGUGCAGCAGCUCCAACGAGAUUAUUCUGUCUCGGGUUCAAGGCUUGAUACAGGGCUAUCUUGAGAAACAACAAUGAUGUCUGCUGUUUAAAGCAGUUGUCUUUAGGAAUGGGUCUACCCAUCCUAUUUUAGGAACCUUUCUGGGUAUCAAUAUUCACUAUUUGCAAAAAUGCUGUGUUUAGGUCCUUUUGUCUGAUUUUUGUAUGUUAAGAAAGGGAUAAAACAAGCAGUAUAAACUAAAAGCACGAAGCAUUUUCCAUGCACUAUUUUCUAUUAAAAGCAAGCCAUUGGAUAAUUAUGAUGUAUUAAACUGAUACAUCAGUUCACUAUAUCAGUAGUAAGCUGAUAUAUCAGUUUAAUAAGUAUUUUUUGUAACAGUAUUAUGAAAGAUGAUAUAUGAUAAAUUUAAACUGUGUUUUCCUCUGCCUUUUUAAAAUUCAUUUAAUUAUCUAGUGGU